UGGUCCCUGCUUCAACAGACACACCACUAACGCUAACAGACGUUAAAAUCCCCACACAAAAAAGAUAGUUCUGGAAUUUCGUAGUUUUAAUUAAUAAUAAAAGCAAACUAAGCUAAACAAAGCAGCCAAUAUGUCGGACUGGGACUCGGCUCCAACCGUUUUGCGAAAAAAGGCACCCAAAUCCAACCUGAAGACGGAAUCGGCGGUAAAUAAUGCGCGCCGUCAAGGAGUCGCCGUGGAUACCCAACAGAAAUAUGGUGCUGGCACCAACAAGCAGCAUGUGACCACAAAGAACACUGCCAAACUGGACCGCGAAACCGAGGAGCUGCGCCACGAUAAAAUCCCACUUGAUGUGGGCAAGCUUAUCCAGCAAGGACGUCAGGGCAAGGGUCUCAGCCAAAAGGAUCUAGCCACUAAAAUCUGCGAGAAGCAGCAGGUUGUGACCGACUACGAGGCCGGACGCGGCAUCCCCAACAACUUGAUCCUGGGCAAGAUGGAGCGCGUUCUGGGCAUGAAGCUGCGCGGCAAGGAGCGCGGCCAACCAAUAGCGCCUCCCGGUAAGAAGUGAGACGAUGCUGCCGCGUCUGCCGCCAGUGGUGCUCCACA